UUUGACACAAAAUUUGAACAGAAAAGCAAGCACAACGAUUCGCACGUGCAUCGUAAAUAUUUUUAAAAAUUGUUUUCUUCCAAAUUUUAUAAAAAUUAACUACAAAAAUGUAUCUCAUGUACACUUUGAAUGAAAAGGGCGAGCGCGUUUACACUUUGAGCAAACGCACUGCCAGUGGACUACCUACCAUCUCAGCCCAUCCAGCAAGGUUUUCACCUGAAGACAAGUACUCUCGCCAAAGAAUCAUCAUCAAGAAACGUUUUGGCCUUCUCCUAACACAACAACCUGCACCUGUCUAUUAAUAACUUUUAUAAAUAAUAAAAAAAACUUUAACUUUUGUAAUAA